CGGGCUCUAGGACCCAGCGGCUGCUCCUCCAUGCAGCAGCAGCAGUCUACCAAAGGACCAGAAAUCUGCAGCUCCCGGAAUGAAGAGAUCAAAAUGAUGCUGCUGCCUGCAAAAAGGGAUUAAACCAUCGGGCGCCUCCUCGGUGGAGAACAACGCAGAUUUGGAGGUGGAACCCGGAGAGGACAUGAAGCCGCUGAGCAUCCGUAGCGACGCUUGACUGACCAUGAUGAAGACCGAAUCCACAUCCAAGAGCACCGGCUCUGGCUCCACUCUCCGGAGCCCAUCCCCGCACAGGAACGCGUACGAGGCGGGGAUGCAGGCCCUGAAGCCCGUCAAAGACAAUGCCGCCAGCGGGGACGUGCAGGAGGGCCCCCGGGGGCGCAGGUACGGCUCCAACGUGCACCGUAUCAAGAACAUGUUCCAGCAGAUGCAGACCACGGCCCCGGCGGACGCUGAGGGGGAGGAUGCGGCCAGGAACGCGGACAAAUCGGUGCGCCUCUCCCUGCCUAGAGCCGGCAGCCUCAACGAGAACGUGGACCACAGCGCGCUCCUGAAGCUCGGCUCCACCGUGUCCGAGCGCGUCAGCAAGUUCGACACCAAGCCGGAGAACGGCCACCAGCGGGCCUCGUCGCCCAGCUACUCCAAGCUGCAGGAGACGCGCCGCAUCUUCGAGCAGCAGCAGGAGAAGCAGCAGCAGGAGAAGCUGGCCACCACCAGGGUGCUGCUCAAGACCGACAAGGCCUCGGGCUUCCAGGACGGCCGGCUGGACGUGGUGGCGCGUUUCAACGGCAGCACCGAGUCCCUGGACAGCCUGGACACCAGCGAGGCGGUGUCCCCGACCGUCAGCCAGCUCAGCGCCGUCUUCGAGAGGGCCGCCGAGCUCCGGAACAACCUCCACCGCCUCUCCUCCACGCCCCCGCUGCCGUCCAGAGGGGUCAACGCCAAGGUGGGGGUCCUGAACUCCAAGAUCAUCACCAAGAGGGUCGGCUCCUUCGGGUCGGGCAACCAGGAGGACGGCGGUCAGAAGAACCAGGAGGGAGCUCAGAGGGGCACCAGAGGGAGGGUGACUCCCCCCUCAGAGGGCAUCAACGGGGGGCAGAGCGUCGAUCCGAACACCGAACUCUCCGGUGGCGCAGCAGAACCGAGAGAAAAGACAGUUUCGGAUGCAGGAGUGGAGGCCCGGGCUGAGGUCAACAAGCCCGACAUCCACAUCUCCGUGGAGAACGGAGGAGGAGAAGCCGAGAAGCAGAGCUGCUCGCAGGGAGACGGGGAGAAGGAUGCUGAGGAGGACGACAGGACUCUGAGGGACGACCAGUCGGGCCGGGACUCUGUGGAUAUCAGUACCUACAGCGCCGUGGGGGAGGACUUCGGGGGGAGCCAGAAGGACGAGGACGAGGACGAGGAGGACGACCGGUACGAACCCGAGUCCAGCUGCGUGGAGAUCUCCGGGCUUCCCGCCGAGGAAGACCCUCCGCCGUCGAGGAAGAUCCGCUUCAGCACCGAGCCCAUCAAGGUGUUUGCCACCUACCCCAAUGAGGACUACGACAGACGCAAUGAAGACGUGGACCCCAUGGCGGCAUCUGCUGAGUACGAGCUGGAGAAAAGGGUGGAGAGGCUGGACCUGUUCCCCGUGGAGCUGGAGAAAGAUGGCGAUGGUCUGGGUAUCAGUAUCAUUGGGAUGGGUGCAGGAGCUGACAUGGGCCUGGAGAAGCUGGGCAUCUUCGUCAAGACGGUUACAGAAGGAGGAGCAGCGCACAGGGACGGCAGGAUCCAGGUGAACGAUCUGAUUGUGGAGGUAGACGGGACCAGUUUGGUGGGAGUCACCCAAAGCUUCGCCGCCUCCGUACUCAGGAACACCUCAGGAACCGUCAAGUUUGUGAUCGGGCGGGAGAAGCCGGGCGAGCAGAGCGAAGUGGCCCAGCUCAUCCAGCAGACCCUGGAGCAGGAGCGCUGGCAGCGGGAGAUGAUGGAGCAGCGCUACAACCAGUACAUGGAUGAACAAGAGGGCGGGGAGUAUGGCACCGACGAAGAGGAGGAUGAGGACGAGGAGGCCAGUCCGCCGUAUCCCAGCGCCAUCGAGGUGUUUGACUUGGCGGAGAACGAGGACAUGUCGCCCCUGGAGACGGACCCUGAGAAGCUGGCCCAUAAAUACAAAGAGCUCCAAAUAAAGCACGCCGUGACCCAGGCCGAGAUCCAGCAGCUGAAGAGAAAGCUGCACCACGCGGAGCAGGAGAAGCAGCGCUGGCGUAUGGAUAAAGCCCAGCUGGAGCAAACCCUGCAGGAGAACAAGGAGCGCAUGGAGAAGCUGGAGGGCUACUGGAUGGAGGCCCAGAGCUUGUGUCAGGCGGUGGACGAGCACCUGAAGGAGACGCAGUCCCAGUAUCAGGCCCUGGAGCGUAAAUACAGCAAAGCCAAACGCCUCAUCAAGGAGUAUCAGCAGAAGGAGAUCGAGUAUCUGAAGAAGGAGACUCAACGUUGUGCACAAGUCGGGGCCGAGGCGUCUCUGCUGAAGGAGGAGUCGGGGCAACUUCAAGAGCAGGUGGCAGACCUGGAGUGCCGAGUGGAGGAGCUGAAAUCUGAACCUUUAUAAAAGCCUUUCUUCUUUUCUUUUUUUGUUUUUCUUCCAUUCCAUAUAACUGUAGAGGUUCACCAGAUGAAGGCGUGUUGUCGUACUGGCGAGGAACUGCAGGGUAUCUGGUUUCUGGUCGCAUUCUGUUUGUGUCCUCAGGCUUCGUGUUUCAGCCACUUAACCCGUUUUAACCGUGUUUUUCUGUUUAGGGAGGAGAACAGUUUUAUCACCACAAACACAGACUCUACUGUUGAGCUGUAGAUGUGCUGUUCCUUUUUUUUUUUUUUUUAAAUAUGUAUGAUUUUUCAGUAUUUAAUCCCUUAAUUUGUGGUUUUGUGACAGACCAGGCUGUUGCUUUUGAUUGCCAAAAAACAAACUCCUUUCUUUCUUUCGCCUAGUUUUGUGACCUUUUUCUUUUUUCUUCUGAGUUUGUACAGAUGUGAUACUGUGUGGUUUAACAAUCAGUUUGGUUUGUAAAAAAAUUUAAUGUGUAUAACAUUUAACAUAAGACUAAUGAGAUCGAGGGUUGUUGUAUAUUUUGCGUGAUGAAGAGGAGUGUAAAUUGGACGGAGAUUGCACUGGAGAAGACAUCGAACGCGGUGCUUCACUGGAACGAAAGGAAUUCAAACGGGAACACGUCGGAGGUUGUCUUUGUACAAACAGUAAAACCCGACCUUCAUAGGGAUCUUAUCACAUAACCUUGAGAACCACCUGCUGCCUACCUUUCAGAAGUGUUUGUGUAUUUUUUACACAUUUUAGGACUCGAUAAAGAGCGACCAAUCCUCUGGUUUCAACCCCUCACUCCUUCUUUCAAAAAGAAAAAAAAAGGACCACAGAAACAAGCCUCCAUGACUGCUGUGCCACAAAUGACAAUGGAUCUUUUUUUUUCUCCCCCUCUCUUCAAGUGGAUGUUGUCAAGGAACUUGUGUAACUGAUCAUUAGUUAGGACUACUGAUAUAAGAAACAUUACUGGACUGGGAUGUUGAAGAAUCCGUUACCAGCAGCUUAAGUUUUAGAUUUCCGAAGCUCGUCUCUAACCAGCAGCUGCACUUGACACCGCUGUGUGUAGCACAUGGAAAACACUGCCAGGUUUCUACCUGUUUCAGUUUACGCACAGUUUCAAAUGAAAAAUGAGUCUUACUUGUGUCAACUGUCAUACCAGUAUGUUUGUAUAGUUCAGGUCGGACUGAAAUAUUUUAAUUUUACUUAAUAUUUAUAAUAUAGUCAAGGUGGAAAUAUGAGCUAACAAAAGGACAAAAACUGACAAAAGCAAUGCAAAAAGUAACGUCCAAUAGACAGUUAUACUGUGUCAUGUAAAAAGCAGUAGUAGAUCUGGAUGACUACAAAAACAAAAUUUACUUAAUUGAAAAAAACAGGCAUGGUUAUGAGUAUUUUCAUAAUAUUAAGGCUUGUACAGUGCACAUGCUUUGCAUUGUAUGUUUUGUGGAAUAAAUGGUCAACAGUGA